AUGAUUCAAUCAUCAGCAAGGAAUCUUUCAAAACAUUUGAUGAGGAGUGGAGGUGUUGCUUUUAAACGUACAACCCUCUCCGAAUUGGAUAAAAAAGUAAUUCUGAUUAGACAAUUGGUGGAUAGAUUUUAUUAUUCGCAAAAUAGAGAGUUUGGUCAGGAUUUGUCCCUUGUUGGAUUAAAGAAUCAAAAGAUUAAUUUAUCUGCUAACAUGAUGACAAAUAGUAGUAGUACGAAUAAUAAUUCACGUUCCUAUUCAUCUUCUACAUCACCAUCCGAGAAGAAAAUUCUACUUGUCGAUGGUACUCCACUUGUUGUGAGAGCUUACUUUGGAACACCUCCUCUGACUUCAUCUAAUGGAACUCCAACUAAUGCAAUUUUAACAUUUGCAAAGAGUUUAAUUGCCAUUCUGAAAUCGGAUGAAUUUGAUCAUGUGGCUAUCUUUUUCGAUUCUGGAAAACCUUCAAUAAGGAAAUCAAUUUCAUCUGAUUAUAAGGCAAACAGAAAACCAACUGAAGAUAAUUUGAAAAAACAAUUUCCAAUCUGUAAAUUAUUAGCCGAAAAGAUGGGCCUAAAAGUGAUAAGCAAGGACGGAUUUGAAGCAGAUGAUCUCAUUGCUACAGUAGCCAGACAAGCAAAGGAUGAAAAGUUUAAUUCAAUUGUUGUGGUUUCCUCUGAUAAGGAUCUUCACUGCCUUUCGGAUACAAAUUUAACUCUUCUUGACCCAAUGACAAAGAAGAAAUUAACAAUGGACGAUAUAAUUGGAAAGUAUGAAUUGCCUCCAAAGUUGAUUCCAGAGUUUUUGGCACUUGUUGGUGACACUGCAGACAAUAUUAAGGGUGUUAAAGGUAUUGGAAAGAAGAAGGCAGUUUCACUGUUGGAACAAUAUGGAUCAAUUUCUGAAAUUUUGAAUAAUUUGGACGAUGAAAAUAUGGAAAAGAAGUCAAGAGAGGCCAUCAAGAGUAAUAUUGAUGACCUUAAAUUAUCCUUGAGGUUAGUUGCUUUGGACGAAGAAGUUCCUUUGGAUUAUUCUUUACAAGAUUUCCAAGUUGACCAAUCCUCACUGGAUUUUUCACAAAACGAAGAGCUCAUUAAAAUGUUAGAGGAUUUGGAAAUUAAUUCAGUCAUUAAACAAUUAAAGAAGGAAACAGAUAAGAAGGAAAAAACUACAAAAUCCAAAUCUAAAAAGAAGGAAGUUAUAGAAUCUGUUGUACUCAGUGAAGAAAUGUCCUCUGCAGAUGUAGCCUCCUUAAAAUUAUCCCACGUCUCGGAUGACUCUAAAAUUGGUAAGAUUGUCAAAGCAUCAGAGUACAAUAUUAUUCUGAAUGAGAAAGAGUUAGACUCUUUCAUUGAACAGGUGAAGAUAUCAGGAAAUGUUUGUUUCUCAACGGAAAUUUGUCUAUUAAGCUUACAUAAUCCUGUAAUGGCUGGUAUAUCAUUCUGCAUUAGUCCAGGACAAGCAUACUAUCUUCCAUUUUUCAAGGGUGGAAAGGUUGAAUUUUUAGAUUCUGUAAAUAUUCUAAAGGAAAGUCCAAUACUUUCAAAGGUUAGGACAGAAAUUAUGGAAAAUCCAAACAUUCUCAAGAUUGGCCACAAUAUCAAGUAUCAUAUCAAAAUGCUUGCAAACUAUGGAGUUACAGUGAAAAACUUUGACGAUAUCAUGGUAAUGUCUUAUGUUUUAAAUUGUGGUAAACAUGGUCAUGAAAUGGAUGAAAUUGUAGAAAAUGUCUUGUUACUCGAUCCUAAGGAACAUAUCAUUCCAGAGAAAGAAGUGCUUGGCAUUGGUAAAAAGAAGGUUACCCUUAUGGAGGCAGAUAUUGUCAGUGUUGUUCAUUUUGCAUGCCAACAUGCUGACUUGACUAAACAAGCAUAUGAUGUUUUAAAGUCAGCCCUAGAUAAGAGUCCUAAACUUACUCAAUUUUACGAAGGUAUCGAAAAACCUCUUGUUGAAACACUUGCAGGUAUUGAAAUGAAGGGAGUUUUUAUGGAUGAACCUGCCCUUGUGAAGAUGGAAAACGAAUAUAGAGAAAAGAUCAAAGCCAUUGGAAAUAAGAUAAGAGAAGAUGCAGGAUAUCCAACUAUUGAUGAAGAUAUUGAAAUCCCUACUUCAGAAGAGGAAAUUGAAAGUAUGAUCAUUGAAAUGGAUGAAAUGAAACAAGAAGCUUCUGAAGAAUUCAAUAUUAAUUCAAAUAGACAAUUGGGACAAGUGAUAUUCGAAAAAUUGGGAAUUGGUACAAAGUUAAGAAAAAAGACCAAAGUUGGAGAUUAUAUUUUGAAUGCUGAAGUUUUACAAAAACUUGCCGCAGAAGGACACAGCAUUGCCAAGCAUAUUCUAGAAUAUAGGGCCUUAACCAAACUCUACAGUACAUACAUCUCUGGAUUAAGACAACAUAUCAACCCAUACACAAAGAGAAUUCACACCACUUUCCAAAAUGCCCUUACGGUUACUGGUAGAUUGAGCUCAGUCAUGCCAAACAUUCAGAACAUUCCUGUCAGAACAGCUGAAGGUAAACAAAUAAGAAGAUGUUUCAUUUCUCCUUCUGAUGAUUAUGUAAUAAUGAAGGUCGACUAUUCACAGGUAGAGUUGAGAAUUUUAGCCCAUAUUGCCAAUAUUCCAGUGCUUAAGAAUGCCUUUAAAGAAAAUAAGGACGUUCACGCCAUUACAGCCAGUCAAGUUUUCAAUGUUCCACUCGAUCAGGUCGAUAAGUCAACCAGAAAUAAGGCCAAGGCCAUUAACUUUGGUAUUAUCUAUGGUAUGAGUGAAUUUGGUUUAUCAAAGAGAAUUGGAGUAGACACUCAAGCCGCCAAGUCAUUUAUUGAACAAUACUUUAAGCAAUAUCCAGGUAUUAAGAAUUACAUGACCAAGACUAUUGAAUUUUGUAGAAAACAUGGUUAUGUAAAUACUCUUUUCAACAGAAGAUGUUGGAUACCUGGUAUUGAGGACCAAGGAUUUGGAGGAAAAUCAUCUUUUGGUGAGAGAACAAGUAUCAAUACUCCAAUCCAAGGUACCUCAGCUGAUAUCACAAAGAUUGCAAUGAACUCAUUACACAAGGCAUUCCAGGAGAAGGGAUUGAGAACCAGAAUGAUUAUUCAAGUUCAUGAUGAAAUUGUUUUUGAAGUACCAAAGGAUGAAGUGGAAACAGUCGAACCAAUCAUUAAGGAACUCAUGGAAGGUGCAGCAUUCUUUGGUGGAACAAACUUUACGGUGCCACUAACCGUCGAAGCUACAGUUGACUCAAAAUGGUUGGCAGAUGAAUAAAUAAUAAAUAAUUUAUUUCCUAGU